CGCCCGGAUCGCGCAGGGACAGCAUGGCCGAGACCGCUCCCGUCGCCGCUCCCGAUGUCGCCGCCGCCGCCCCGGCCCCGGCCAAGGCUCCCGCCGCCAAGAAGCCGAAGAAGGCGGCGAGCGGCUCUAAAGCCCGCAAGCCCGCGGGGCCCAGCGUCACCGAGCUGAUCACCAAGGCCGUGUCCGCCUCCAAGGAGCGCAAGGGGCUCUCCCUCGCCGCGCUCAAGAAGGCGCUGGCCGCCGGCGGCUACGAUGUGGAGAAAAGUAAUAGCCGUAUCAAGCUGGGCAUCAAGAGCCUCGUCAGCAAGGGCGUUUUGGUGCAGACCAAGGGCACCGGCGCCUCCGGCUCUUUCCGUCUCAGCAAGAAACCCGGAGAAGUCAAGGAAAAAGCUCCCAAGAAGAAAACUGCAGCAGCCAAGCCUAAGAAGCCGGCGGCCAAGAAGCCCGCCAGCGCUGCCAAAAAGCCCAAGAAGCCGGUGACAGCGAAAAAGAGCCCCAAGAAGGCAAAGAAACCGGCUGCCGCCGCAGCCAAGAAAGCAGCGAAGAGCCCCAAGAAAGCCACAAAGGCUGCGAAGCCCAAAAAAGCGGCGGCAGCAGCGAAGAGCCCGGCUAAGGCGAAGGCGGUGAAGCCCAAAGCAGCCAAGCCCAAGGCGGCCAAGCCGAAAGCAGCCAAGGCAAAGAAGGCAGCGCCCAAGAAAAAAUAAAGUGGUGCGGAAGAAGCCCUAU